AUGCGAUCGAGUGCGCCAGCAUUUGUUCAGUUGAAGACUGGGCUCUUGGUAAACGAAGGAGACUGUGCUGCAGAAUUCUACUACAGUUUAGACGAUGGGACAAAGAAUGGUAUUCAGCUCGCCCUCGAUGUAGAUGGCAAAUCUCCCGACUACAAUGUCAAACUUCAUGCCAAUUUUGAUGGUAUUAAAACUCAGAACAAUCCUUCGUCUGUCGACGUUGGAUUUCUGGACGACGAUAAGGAGUGGACGCCAUUCAUAAUGGCUGGUGAUAAGGGCUCUUAUGUGGGAAACAACCCUCCGACAGACUGGAUGAAGCAGAACCUGCCUUUUCUAGGUUGCCGAACUCUGCAGCAACUGUCCUUACCAGGGUCGCACAAUGCUGGGAUGUCGAAGAUUCAGUUCAACACUGCAUUUGCCUCACCGUCGAACACUCAAACCCAACAGCUAGACAUAUUAGGACAACUAAAUGCCGGUAUCCGAUAUUUCGACAUCCGACCUGUCAUAUCGCAUGGGGAUUACUAUACUGGGCAUUAUUCUUAUAUCAAAGACGUCGACUCAAAUCAAGGCGCGGUUGGGCAAAAGAUGGAUAGUAUUAUUGACAACAUCAACAAGUUCACUGACAAGAACUCUGAACUGGUCAUCCUCUAUCUCUCUCAUACGAGCAACACCGACGCAGACUAUCAUGCAUUCAACGAUGACGAGUGGAAUAGCGUCCUCCACGAUCUCACCGAUGGUUUGAAGCACCGGUGGACGGUCAAGACAGACAAGGUACUGACCAAACUACCCCUUUCCGACUUUAUCAAAAAUGGACCCGCAGUGGUGAUUGUCGUGGAAGAUCGUGACAAAGCCUUCCUCGACAAGCAAGGCUUCACGGGUAAAGGCUUCUUCCCGGCUUCCGCGUUUCCGAAAUACGAUAAUUACGCAAACACUAAUGAGCUCGAUGUCAUGCGAGACGACCAGUACAAAAAGUUCACGCAGCAGCUUUCGAAACCUGACAACCCAGAUCAGGUCUUCUUGCUUUCUUGGACGAUGACCUUGCUGGACGUCGACAACUUGAAUCUCUUGGACAAAAUCACCACUCGAGCGGAUUACGUGAACAACAGACUUGCGGCCUUGACGGGUGACAAGGGUCGUGUAUCACCAUUCUUGUGGGACAAGCAGCUCCCCAACAUAGUUUUGAUCGACAAUGUGCGGGAUAACAGGCAUUUGACAGCGCUGUCGGUCGCUUUCAACCGGUUUACAAGCACAUGUUGA